AUGGGCGCCUGGGUCAAACAUUGGUUUUUGUUCGUGCAGUUUCUGAAAACAAACAGAUUACAAUUGUUCAAGACUUAUGUCUUGGUUCCUGGAGGAGUUAUCAUCACCCUUUGUAUCCUCUAUGGGGUUGACAGAUUGAUCGCGGAUGUGAUCAAGGUCACAUUUCCGUCCAGUGUGGCGGUAAUGCUCAUCAAUUUCGGGUUUAUGUGCUCCUUGAGCGCUUGGCGCAGACCUUAUGCGGAUAUUUACGUCAAGAUCAUUGACAUACCAUUGAGCUGGAGCCUAAGAUGGAUGAACUUGUUUUUCACGCCCGCGUUUGUGGUAUUACCACUGAGCCCUUGGAUUUCGUGGCAGGAAGCACUGCUCAUCGUAGCCGUUUUUGUAAUCGGAUAUGUGGUAACGUUUAUGAUUCUGGCGUACUUUACUAUACUUUGUCAGAGAGUGUUCGGAAGCCGUAAGUUCAUAAGCGUAUUUGUGAGACAGGAAGAAAUUGGCAAUGGCAUGGAGGCCGGAUCUAGUUUCGCUCGCACGCCUAGCGAACAUCGCAGAACGGCUAGCAAUUCGGGAUUAGUUGCGUCAACGGAACCUGAAGAGUCUAUAAGAAGAGAGUCCAAUCGCGACCAUGAUGGGGCAUCAGACAUGAAUGUUUUGUCUGAUAUUGCGAGUAACACUAAUAUCUCACCUGUAAGAUCUCGCACACACCCUAAUGAUGAUGCAGACCAUGGUGAUAUUACGUCGUUGUCGAGCCCUACUGUCCCCAAACCAGAAUUUGACCACCAGGAUUACGUGAGAAUUGCAAGAAGUGGCGGUGAAGUGUCGGGCCCGGUCAGAAGAGUCGAGGUGCGAACUCCUGAGCCUUCAUACUCCAACAAAAGCAGCUCUACCGCUGUUACUGAAGCACAAACAAGCUCUGCAGUUUGCCAACGUGCUCUUACCAGCCAGAUUGCCCAGGAGUUUCCGCUGGAUAUUGACAAGAUAUUUGUGAUUAAUAUGUGGCAAAAUCACUUGCAUCAUAUUCUAUAUGGACUUGGAUUUCUCGCGACAAUCUUCACUUACUAUUUCUCCUGGUACGUGAUGCCGUUUCAAUUCUUUACUGCGGUGUGUUCUUUCAUGAUCAUCGUCGACAAUCCGUUCAUUAAAAACCCCAAGUACAAAAAGCUCUUGCACCCGGUAAUCUGUUCGGUUGCACUAACAUGGAUAGUUCUUCUAAUCUCAGUCAUGAUUAAGCACCGAGCCAUCAAAUAUUUUCUGCUCGACCUGAAGAACUAUAAGACUGGACGAACGUACCUGUAUCUUUUUGACAACGAAGACUUCGCGUACCAUGUUUGGCCCGGCGCGGGCGACGUUUUUAGUACCUGUAUGGACGUUUCGAUCGUAGGAUUAUCGCUGCCGAUGUACACACAUCGUUAUGAUUUGCGGCGCCACUUUUUGAGCAUGAUACCACCAAUUUUGCUGCUGUGCGCUGGGUCCUUGACACUGUAUCCGUUGGUCUGCUACCAUAUUGGAAUAUCAAGCGAGAUGUCCAUAGGUUUCAUCGGCCGCAGCAUUACUCUCGCACUUGGAACGCCUACAAUCAAAAACUUAAAUGGAUCCAUCACCAUCAUGGCUGUAACUACCGUGGUAAGCGGAAUAAUGGGAGUGUUGACGGGCGGUCCAUUACUGGACUUGUUACAGGUACCAGAGGACGACUACGUCACACGGGGGCUCACUUUGGGAUGCAAUUGCGGCGCUAUCGCUACUGCGUACCUCUUGGGUGUUGAUAGGCGUGCAGCGGCUAUUAGCACACUUUCAUUCGUGCUCUUUGGUGCCUUCAUGGUUAUAUUGAGCGCCGUGGACAAGAUCAAGGUUUUUGUCCAAGCUCUAGUCCACAUGUGA